AAACACAUUGCUUCCCCACGGUGAUCCCCUCCGUCCGCUCCCACUCUCCCAGCCCACCUCUGCCUUACAUCUGGGCUGGUGUCCUGUCGAGCGGCUGGUCGCUGCCUCCGAUCUAAUUAUAUAUCCGAUCUGUCUCGCGGACUAGAGCCCCCGCUGCGCAUGGUCCAUCCUCAAUCGCGGGACAUCGCUCACCUCAGUGGACAUACCGACUGCCAAGUGCCAACCUAAUCCCGUCACAUACGAGUUGGUCGGGUCGGGAUCCACCUCCGUAUUGGCCGCCCAUCCCUGCUCUGCGUGGCCAGGACCCAGCCUUCGCGUCUUGGCCGCUGUCGUUGCGUACAUAUAUCAUUCGGGACCGUCGCCGUCAGAGCACUAGCAUCGAGGUGAUUGCGGCACGACGUUGCCGGGUGUGUGGGCAAUAGAAUGUCGUUGAAACAGGAAAUCGAAACCUGGGUGCAAGCCCUAGAGCACUACGACAACCAGGAGUACGACGAAGCCCUCCAGGUCUUCAGUAGCAUUGCCGACACGUCGAAGAUUCUCUUCAACUGCGGCAUCAUAUACGCUACGUUGGGGGAACAUGACCGAGCGGUCGACUGUUACCAGCGGGCUGUGAGCCUGGACCAGUACCUGGCCAUCGCGUAUUUCCAGGAGGGGGUCUCGAACUUCCUCCUGGGGGACUUUGAGGAGGCGUUGGCGAAUUUCAAUGACACCCUGCUGUAUCUCCGGGGCAACACCUCCAUCGACUACGAGCAGCUGGGCCUGAAGUUCCGGCUGUUCUCCUGCGAGGUGCUGUUCAACCGUGGGCUGUGCUACAUCUACCUCCAGCAGAUGGGGCAGGGCAUGCAGGACCUCGAGUACGCAUCGAAAGAAAAGGUCACGCCCGACCACGAUGUCAUCAACGAUGCCAUCCGCGAACAGGCGACGGGCUACACGGUGUUUUCGAUUCCCGUCGGGGUGGUCUACCGCCCCAACGCGGCCAAGGUCAAGAACCUCAAGUCCAAAGACUACCUGGGCAAGGCACGGCUGAUUGCGGCUUCGGAGCGCAGCAGCAUGGGCCCCCACAACGAGAUCCAGCGGAUGCAGUCGAUGCUCGACCACCGGCAUCCGGAGCAUCUGCCGUUUGCGACGUCGCACCUGGUGCACAAGAACCUGCAGAGUCGGGGUCGGCAGCACUCGGAGCCGCCGCUGAACCGUAAUCUCUUCCCUCCUACUCCCCCGCCGGACGCAGACAAGGCGAGUACCAACAGCUCCACAGGUAGUCUCGCGAUGAACGGCCGACCGGGGUCCCUGCGGGCGACGCGGCCCCCGCGGCUCGAGCUGAACACCGACGUCGCGGAUAAGGCGCGGAUCGGCACGACACGCACGGCGUCGGAAUCGCGGGCGACGGCCGGGCGACCGGGCCCUCCGGGGCAUCGACGGGGCCAGAGCGACACCGGGGUGGCGGCGAGCCCGGAGGAGAUGCACUCGGGUACGCGGUCGAUGCCGGCGGGGGGCUGGCGGCGUCAGCGGGAGCGGUACAUCGACGAGGAGGAGGAGUACGGCAGCGACGACGGAGGCGCGGAGGGUGAGUUCGAAAUCGUGGACUCGCGGCCACAGGCGUCCCCGAACCGGGGGUCACGGCGGGGGGCCUCGCGGCCGGGGCCGGAGGUGCGCAAGUUCCGAGUGAAGGCGCACUCGCAUGAGGACACGCGGUACAUCAUGAUGGAGCCGACGCUGGAGUUUGGGGAGUUUGAGCGGCGGAUCCGGGAGAAGUUCGGGUUCCGGACGCUGCUGAAGAUUCGGAUGCAGGACGACGGGGAUAUGAUCACGAUGGUGGACCAGGAGGAUCUGGACCUGCUGAUGGGGGGGUCGCGGGAGGUGGCGCGACGGGAGGGGAGUGAGAUGGGGAAGAUGGAGAUCUGGGUGGAAGAGCGGGGAGUGAUCUAGCAUUGGUUUUUUGGUAUACCCGGUUUGGAUGGAGUUGGAGUUGGGAGGAGGUUACUAGGUUAUGAUAAACGAGUUAUGAAAUGAAUGAACCUUACAUAAGCAUCACGGGAUGCAUAACCAUCGUACCGGAGAUACGGAGUUAGUUGUCACUACGUACUCCGUAUCUGCCAGCUCGUCAACAACACAACCACUCCAGCCAACAUGACGGACCUCACCCCAACCCUGGGCCAGCUGCUGCAGGGCAAGUCGGCCGGUCCGAAGCUGUCGGAGGGCUACAUCACGACGGAGAUUGCGGAUGAAUUCUUGAAAGAGGCCUACCGAAUU